AGUGGUGGCAGUGGAGGUAGGGGUGGUGGUGAUGGAAGUGGCUAUGUUGACGGUGGUGGCAGGGGAGCUGUGGCGGCAGGGGCAAGCGAUGGUGCUCGCCGUGGUGACAGCCACGGCUGCAGUAUGGAGGCGGCUGCACGCGCAGAUACUGACGCCGGUCGUGGUGGUGGGAACAGGGAGCCCGUGCGGGGUAGCAGGAGUCAGAGGGCUUCAGGGUGGCGGCUGCAGCACCGUGCACCAGACCUUCGCCCAGAGAGGGAGGGUGAGAGUAGGGCGGAGACGGAGGCAGAGAGGGAGGCAGAGAGGGAGGCAGGGAGGGAGGCAGAGAGGGAGGCAGAGAGGGAGGCCAUGCGGAGAUUGGGCUUUGCCCCCCACUGAGGAGAAGGCGGCGAGUUGUAACGGGCGGAGAGGCAGGAGGAAAGUGGGGGGAGGGAGCGGAGGAACGCCCGGGAGAGCGGUUGGCUGGGAGCCGCACUGCUGGGUCGCAUGGGAGCAGCUCUAGCAGUGGCUGUGAUGCCAGUAGCUCGGAUGGUUAUGGCUCGGUUGGUGAUACCUCGGUUGGUGAUACCUCUGAUGGUGAUACCUCGGAUGCUGCAAGCUCUCAUGGCGGUACCUCUCUUGGCGGUACCUCUGGUGAGGCUAGGUCAGAAGCGUCACAUGAGUGCGGAAGCGAGGAUGGUGAUGCUGCCUGUGGCCAUGGCAGUGGCACUGGGGUGGGCGGUGAAGGGGAGGGCGGCAAGCAUUCUCCCCAGCGCAGGGAGCAGAGAGGGGCGGGCGAGGGAGAGGAGGAGCAGGUGGAGCACGGCGUGAUGGCAGAGCUCGCAUCAAUCAAGGCUCGCCUGGAAGAAGCACUGCUCUCAGUGGAAGCGCUGGCCCAAGCGCGUGUGCUGCUGUGGUACCUGGCCGGUCUUGACAUCUCCCCGCCUCUCCUCCGCCGCUCGGGCCUCCUCUCCUGCAUCGCCUGCCUCGCCUCUCUCCCCAACCCCUCCCCCGUGCCAAUGCCCCAGCCACACCACACCACAUGCCAUGCAUCUGCUGCUGCUUCUUCUGCUGCUGGCGCUUCUGCUGCCGCUGCGGCUCCGUCCCAGCAGUACGGGCAGCAGGCAGGCGGCGCAGAGUGGCAGAAGCAGCAGAGGGGAAAGCACAUGGCUGAGAGGGCGCGGCUGCUGCUGGCGGACCGUGCGAUGGCGCUGCACAGACAGUGGACGGGGGAGGGGUGAUGGCAGCACUGCAGAGUGGGCAGACUGAGGCAGGCAGCUCAGGAGUGUGUCUGCAUGCAUGCAAGGCAACGGCAGUUGAGUGCAGUCCUGCGCACAAGGCAUUGAGAGAUGCCACAAUCUGGUUAGCAUAUUUAUGAUGGCUCAAUUCAAAUGGAUACUUAUAAUGGUAGGAGUGAUUGUGGUGCAUGAUGCAUACAGCAGAGGAAUGUGAACAAGAGCUAUACCAGUGAGAAGAAGUUAACAUCAUUGUAAAUCAUGACAAUCGCUAGUAUUGUAUGGUGUACCACAUUGUUAUAUA